AUGGUUUUGAUGGUGGAGGGAUUUGGGUGGCAGUGGCGGUGGUGGUGGCCGUUGCCGGAGGAAGGGUUGGGUUUGGGUGUUGGUGUUGCAGUGGUGGUGAUGGUUCAAGGCUUUACACGAGCUGUCAGCUCUGGUUCUGGAUAUAUAAUCAGAUCUCCAGCAGAUGACUCCGGCGGGAUGGAGGGGAGGUUUUCGCCUUCCGUUGCCGAAAAAGGGAUACAAAUAUCUAAAACUACUGGUGUCGAUGUGGGCUUGACGGCUGGUGGAUAUGAUAAUGGUCGAGGUUUUGGGCCUGGAAGGGGUUGGGGUGGUGGCCAUGGCGGCGGCGGCAGGUUUGGCGGCGACUCUAGUGGUGGGGGUGGGUUUGGCGGCAGAGGAUUUGGUAAUAGCGGUGGUUGUGGGGUGGGUUUGGCGGAGGAGGAUUUGGUAAUGGUGGUGGUGCAUGGUGGUGGAAGUGGGUAUGAUUUUGAGGGAGGUAGUGGUGGAAGGUGGGGUACCGGUGGUGGUGGAGGCUCUGGCAUGGGCCAAGGUGGUGCUGGAUAUGGUUCGGGCUGUGACACCCGGGGACGAAGUGCGGAGUGA